UCAGGUAUCAGCAGGGAUCUGCGUGCUUCUCCAGCAGCUGUGUUUUUUUUUCGUUCUUUCUUUCUCGUUCUCACACACACUCUGGAUGGAUGGAUGGAUGGAUGGAUGGAUGGAUAAGUAAAACACGGAUACAAUGAGAGGAGGAUGUGUGAGAGGAGAGCGGACGCCACCUCGGAUCAGCUGAUGGAAGCCGGAUCUGCUGUGGCUCACGCCAUGGAGAAGGAGGAUGCGGAUGGAGAGGGAGAUGAUCUCUCGCUGGAGGAGAUCUUAACGCUGUACGACCAACCGAUCAAUGAGGAGCAGGCAUGGGCGGUGUGUUAUCAGUGCUGUCGGGAUUUAUCUGCCACGGGGCAGCCCAGGGUUGUCAAAGGACCAGGAGAUGUCAGGAUCCAUAAAGACGGCACUAUCAGCUUGCAAAGAGCUCCAGGGAAAGAGCACUCGGCGUCCGCUGCGGUUACGAAUGUAAUCGAGUCUCUGGGCAUCAUGAUCUACAAAGCUUUGGAUUAUGGCCUGAAGGAGCAUGAGGAGAGAGAACUCAGCCCACCGCUCGAGCAGCUCAUCGACCUCAUGACCAACACGGCCGAGCUGAACCCCGACCCCUGCCCUGACGAGGGCUACGAAGCUACCGAGGACGAGGAGGAAGAAGAGCUCAGCCAGAGCAGUGGGAUUCGCCGCUACCGGGACGUUCUUAAGCUGUGCACGAUGCACCUCCCGAGCCCGGCCGAUGCACCUGAUCACUACCGGGCCGUGUGUCGAGCGCUCUAUGCUGAAACCAUGGAACUGCGGACGUUUCUGGAGAAAAUCAGGAGUGCCAAAGAGAACCUGCGGAAGAUGGAAAGCAGCACGACUGUCGAUUCAGCCAGAGACCUGAAUGAGCUCCAGAACGCAGACUGGGCACGGUUCUGGGUGCAGGUGAUGAGGGACUUGAGGACCGGCGUGAAGCUGAAGAAAGUGCAGGAACGGCAGUAUAACCCUCUGCCCACUGAGUUUCAGCUCACACCCUACGAGAUGCUCAUGGACGACAUCCGCGCCAAACGCUACACACUGCGCAAAGUCAUGGUGAACGGAGACAUCCCUCCUCGGUUAAAGAAGAGUGCACAUGAGGUCAUCCUGGAGUUCAUCCGAUCUAGACCUCCCCUCAAUCCCGUGGCAGCACGUAAGCUGAAGCCUCAGGUGGAACGUCCUCCGAGCCUCCAUGAAAGGAUCCUGGAGGAGAUCAAAUCGGAGAGGAAGCUCCGGCCAGUGUCACCUGACCAGAUUCGGAGGAGCAGAUUCGUAAUUCGGCCACUUAGCAUGUCUCAGAGUUUUGACUCCUCAGAUGUCUCCGCCCCUGACGGAGCGAGGAAGGCAUGCAGCUCGCUCUCGUUAGCGGACGGCUCGGCGCUCCAGCAAAGCAGCACAAGCGGCUUCCAGAGGAAGAGACUCCACGCGCCCACUCUCGCCGAAAUGGGCAGCUCGGACUCAGACGAUGAAACGUUUGGUCAUAGGUCAGCCAGCACCUCCAGCAUUUCCACACCGAUGGUUGAGGAUACAUCACCGGAGUCUGUGAUUGGAAAGAAGACCCCGCCCAUGUUCCUGCCCAUCUCUUCCACACCGCAGCCAGAGAGGAAGCAGCCAGCACAGAGGAGACACUCGAUAGAGAAAGAAACCCCCACAAACGUCCGGCAGUUCGCCCCUCCGUGCAGACAAAGCUCCAGAUCCUUAGAGGAGUUCUGCUUCCCGGUUGAAUGUUUGGCCCUCACGGUGGAGGAGGUGAUGCACAUCCGGCAGGUCCUGGUCAAAGCUGAGCUGGAGAAGUUCCAGCAGUACAAAGAAAUCUACCACGCGUUAAAGAAAGGAAAGCUCUGCUUUUGUUGCCGAACAAAACGUUUCUCCUUCUUCACCUGGUCUUAUACCUGCCAGUUCUGCAAAAGACCUGUUUGUUCGCAGUGCUGUAAGAAGAUGCGCUUGCCCUCUAAGCCAUACAGCAGCUUACCCAUCUACUCUCUGGGACCAUCCGCUUCCACUCUGUCCCGGGAGAAAUCGGAGAAGACGAGCACAAGCCAGCGCAGGCCUAGCCUUCAGCGCACCAUGAGCAGACUGUCCAAGUCAUCACGUCAGUCCUCAGCAUCAUCCUCUCGCGAGGACACCGAGCUCCCCAAGGAGCUGACUGAAGACUGGAGCACCAUGGAGGUGUGCGUGGACUGCAAGAGGUUCAUCUCAGACAUCAUCUCGUCCAGCAAGCACAGCCUUUCCCUGGCCACCAAACGCAGCCGAAUGAAGCGCAAGACACACUCGUUCAUCGCAUCGUCAGCCACAGGAUCGGAGUACCGGCCCUCUGAGAGAACCAUUCAUGAGAUCUAAAACUGCAUUCACAGGAAAAAAAAAAUGGACUAGACCCGAAGUACUUGCUAAUUUGGAGUAACUGUUUGUCCUGGAGUUUGCUUGGUGGCCAUACAGUCUUUUUAAACACUUAGGACUUCCUUGUCCGAGAGAUUUGUUCAGGUGCGCAUACAAAUAGGCAUGUGUCGAUAAUCAGUUAAAUAAUAUCUCUACAUCCCUGUGAGCUCCUGAGAUAAAAGGCAACACAUUUAGAAAAGCAACAUCAGGACAGCUGUCUUACAAAGAUCUUACAAAGAGAGAAGAAAGCCAAUAGUACCAUAAUGUUCCCUGGAUGGGUUAAAAUAGUGGACAGAACUGUCACUUUGACUCAGGAAUACAUUACACAAAUGUUAAUUAAUAUUUUGACCAUAGACUACUUUCUACUGUAAUCACACACACAAAAAAAAAAUUUGUUUAAAUUUCUGGCCCCAAUGUUUACUCAAAGUACUCAUCCUGAUCAUGAGGCCCCAAAUGAAAGGGUGCCAAUACUGUACCAUUCUUAAGAAUGUAGAAACAAUGGCGCCAAAGCGUCGUCAAGUUCACACUACAAUAGACUUAUCGCUUAAUGAGGCGGUUGUUAUCCGUUCGGCGUAGAAAAUUAUGAGAGAAUAAAAUUGUAUGAAUGAUUUAGUCAGCUGCUUUUUUUGUUUUUUUAAUUUUUAUUUGUUUUUGGUGUUUAACACUGCUGCUAAGCAACUGGGAAACAUGGAUGCUAUGAAGAAUGGAGGCUGAGGUGAAGGAUUUAGCUUACUAGCUAGCAAGUAACCUGCAAGUCUUUCAUUGUAGAGAAUGUAAACAGGGAGAGAAUGCAAAAACCUGAUAAAGUUGUCAGGAAUAUCAACAUUUACCUCAGAUGUGUUGGUCAGUUACUAAAGAUAUGCUCCAUGCGGCUAAAAGUAAGGUCUAAAUACAGUUAGCGACAACUGCUAGCUGAGCUUCCCUAAGCGUUCUGCCAUUUUGAAAAAGGGAUGAAGCUAAGAGAAAAGUGCUUUGUUUUAAUUUUAACAAUGAUAAAAUUAAUAAAAAGUAGAAUUGUGAAGCAUU